CAACCGCUUCAUAAAGCUGGCAUGGAGAUGUAGUGUUAGCACAUCGCUUCUUGUCGUCAACCUCCGUACCCUUCUCUCUCUCUGUCUCUCUUCCGCCAUGAGCACAGACACAGAGCAGGCAACCCCCUUAGCCGUCGGCACCAAACGCCCCGACAACGACGAGGAACUCCCGGCCGCCUCCAUGACACGCCGCCGAAGCCGCCUCCAAGGCCGCUGCCUCAUCUGCGGUGGUUCCUGGGCCGCCAUCCUCAUCAUCAUCGCCAUCGUCAUCGUCGUCCUCGCCCUCACCGUCUUCAAGGUCAAGGAGCCCGUCAUGACCAUGAACAGCGUCACAAUCGAGAAGCUUGCCGUCAACUUCGGCGCACCCUCCUCCUCCUCCUCCCAGCUCUUCGCCAUCAACAUGACCGUGGUCGCCGACGUCUCCGUCAAGAACCCCAACGCCGCCAGUGUCCGGUUCGGCGCCAGCACCACCGCCAUCUACUACCGCGCGCGCGAGAUGGGCGUCGCCUACGGGCCGCCCGGCACCGCCCGGGCGCGCCGCACCUUCCGCAUCAACGUAACGGUGGACGUGAUGGCCGACAGGAUCUUGGGCGACGCCAACCUGUUCGACGACCUGGCGGCGGGGAGCAUCGCGGUGACGACGGCGACCAAGGUGGGCGGGAGGGUGAGGGUCUUGGGCGUGUUCAAGCACCACGUGGACGUGAUGAUGAACUGCAGCAUCACCAUGGCGGUGGCCAACCAGUCGAUCGUGGGUCAGAACUGUAAUCAGAAAGUUCGGCUAUGACCGUCAGUUCCUCUUCUUCUUGUUGCUGUAGCAGUGCGAGAUAGGAAUGAAUCUUCUGUGGAAGAACAGAGUCGAGGGGUUGGGCUGAUAAUUGGAGUACCCCCCAUACUGUUAUGGAGUUGACUUUGAACA